AAAAAAUUUAAUAUCUAAUUGAAGAAUCUGAGGGACGUUCGUCGUGAAUUCCCAGCCCCUGGGACGUUCGUAAUGAAUUCCUUUUGUCCAUCGAUGGCUGUACGGAGUUGAGGGGGUCGCCUGGCCUGAAUCCCCCUUUGCUUCGACAACCCGACGCACAGCAAACCCUGUUUUCCUAAGUAAGCUCCCGACACAUCGCCGAUCGGUUCCGACCGUUCACUUUUGCUGCUCUCUCUCUCUCUCUCUUUCUCUGGGAAAGAUGUGGAGACUCGCUCGUAGACCCACAUUGCAAGCGCGGUUCGGUCACUUCUUCUCGACGGCCGUCCCAGGCCCUUGUAUCGUGCACAAGCGAGGGGCCGAUAUUCUUCAUGACCCCUGGUUCAAUAAGGAUACAGGGUUUCCUUCGACAGAGAGAGACCGACUUGGUCUCCGUGGGCUCCUGCCACCGCGUGUGAUUUCAUUUGAGCAACAAUAUGAUCGCUUUAUGCUCUCAUUUCGAUCAUUGGAGCAUAAUACUCAGGGCGAACCUGCUGAUGUGACUUCCUUAGCGAAAUGGCGGAUUUUGAACAGACUACAUGAUAGGAAUGAGACACUUUAUUAUAGGGUACUUAUUGAUAACAUCCAAGACUUUGCCCCAAUAAUUUAUACGCCAACAGUCGGACUAGUCUGUCAAAAUUAUGGAGGCUUGUUUAGGCGUCCACGUGGAAUGUAUUUCAGUGCAAAGGACAAGGGAGAAAUGAUGUCCAUGAUUUACAAUUGGCCUUCAGAACAGGUGGACAUGAUAGUGAUUACGGAUGGCAGUCGUAUUCUUGGCCUUGGGGAUCUUGGCGUUCAGGGUAUCGGUAUACCUAUUGGAAAGCUUGAUAUCUAUGUCGCUGCUGCUGGGAUCAACCCACAGAGAAUAUUGCCUGUCAUGCUUGAUGUUGGUACCAACAAUAAAAGGCUUCUAGAAGACAAUCUAUAUUUAGGAAUAAGGCAGCCUAGGCUGGAGGGUGAAGAGUAUUUAUCAAUUGUUGAUGAAUUCAUGGAAGCAAUGUCUGCUAGAUGGCCAAAGGCUGUUGUUCAGUUUGAAGAUUUUCAGAUGAAGUGGGCAUUUGAAACUCUGCAGCGUUACCGUAAGAGAUUCUGCAUGUUUAAUGAUGAUAUACAGGGAACUGCUGGUGUUGCAUUAGCUGGUUUAUUAGGAGCUGUUAGAGCACAAGGCAGGCCACUGAGUGACUUUGUGAGACAAAAAAUUGUCGUUGUGGGAGCUGGAAGUGCAGGGAUAGGAGUGCUUAAUAUGGCUAAGCAGGCCAUUUCCAGGAUGGUCAGAGAUGGUGACAAAAAUGAAGUUGGCAAUCACAAUCCAUUCUGGCUGCUCGAUAAGAACGGUCUAAUAACAAAAGCUAGACAGAACCUUGACCCUGCUGCUGCUCGUUUUGCAAGAGGUUCAGGUCCAGGGGAAAUAGAAGGUUUGGGGGAAGGUUCUAGCCUUCUUGAAGUGGUUAGAAAAGUGAAGCCCCACGUACUUUUGGGUUUAUCUGGAGUUGGAGACAUCUUCAAUGAGCAGAUUUUAAGGGCUAUGAGGGACUCUGACUCACCGAGGCCUGCUAUAUUUGCUAUGUCCAAUCCUACAAAAAAUGCUGAAUGUACGGCAGCUGAGGCUUUCAAAUAUGCCGGAGAAAAUAUUGUUUUUGCUAGCGGGAGCCCUUUUGAAAAUGUUGAUCUUGGCGAUGGAAAAGUUGGGCAUGUUAAUCAAGCUAAUAAUAUGUACCUGUUCCCUGGAAUUGGCCUCGGCGCUCUUAUAUCGGGUGCUCGUUUAAUUUCUGAUGGGAUGUUACAGGCUGCAUCUGAACGCCUAGCAUCAUAUAUUACCGAUGAAGAGAUCCAGAAAGGCAUUAUUUUUCCCUCAAUCUCCAGGAUACGUCAUAUUACUGCAGAAGUAGGAGCUGCUGUUGUACAAGCUGCUGUAGCAGAAGAAUUGGCUCAAGGCUACAGAGACAUGGAUCCAAACGAGCUUAAGCAGAUGACACGGGAGGAGACAGAAAACUUUGUUGCCAGCAACAUGUGGUAUCCUGUCUACAAUCCUUUAGUUCAUGAGAAAUGAACAGCUUUUUCUCUAGCAAUCAUAUAUUUAUGCUUUAUGUCUCUCUCGCACUGGUGACCCAGUACAGAAGAUCAGCUAAUGCUCUUCAUUAUUGAUGAUGAUGCUGAGCGAAGAAUGGGACGAUCAUUGGCAUUUAUAAGCUCAAUAUUUUGCCCCUCUCAGUUGGUCAUCAGGUGUCUCAAAUUAAAUUGGCUCAUUUUCGGACACUAAGUGCAGUAAAUUGAACGAAAUUGAUAUAUCUAUGAGUUGUUUCAAACUGCAUUUGUUUUGCAAAUUUGGAUGGCUGCAAAUUUGUGUUUUGCCUGUUUCACAUGGUACAACUAUUUCGUUUGAUAUUUUUGUCUUUAGCUAGAAUGCAUGUGUGCACAUGUAUAUGUGUAUUCCUGGAUCUGGUUUGACUUCCGAUUGAACAAGAACUGUUUAGUUUGCUUUCAGUUAAAGGGUUGUCUUCUUUA